CUAAAGUGUUGCUUCGGUUUAAGAGUGUCUUUGAAAUAUUUUCUUCUGUCUUGUUUUUCUUUUUCGAUCGUUUCUCUAACUUCAAUGGCUCAGAGUUUUAAGGAACCAAAGGUUAGUUUGAGGCUUAUCGUUGAUGAAGAGAAAAACAAAGUUGUUUUGGCUGAGGCUGGUAAUGAUUUUGUUGAUGUACUCUUCAGCUUUCUGAUGCUGCCCAUUGGCACUAUUGUCAGAUUGCUUGAGAAUCAUCGAAAGUCUGAGACAGUUACUGUUGGUUGUUUUAGCAACCUCUACAAAAGUGUGGUGGACAUGGACAUGGAUAACUUUGAGACUGCAGCAUGUAAGGAGAUGCUGCUUUAUCCUAGGGGCUUGAAGGAUGAACUGUGGAAAAGGUUUAAGAUCAACAUAAAUCCUACCGUUGGUGUCAACAAGUUCUAUACAUGUCCGAAUUUUGCUUCCUGCAACAUGUGCAGUAAUUUUAGCUCUUCCAAGUGUAAAUGCGGCCGUUUGAUGGACAAGGAGAUUCAACUACCAGAAGCUGAUAAAGUUGCAGACAACAUGAAAAAUGAUGUUGAUGGAGUAUUUAUCAGAGGCAGGUAUUCAUUCAUAAUCACCGACGACUUGAAAGUGUCUGUUGAUUCUACUGGUCUUGUCUUGAAAACGCUGGGUUCUCUAGGCUAUGCUGAUGUUAGUAAGCUUGGGGAACGCCUUCUUGAUAUCGGUCUAGGAGAGGUUCUGACUCUACUGGAGUGUAUAUUCUCCUCAAAUACUCCCUUGACUGAUACUUUUUUGAAGAAGCAACGUCUCCAAGAUGUGUCACAGAUAUCCAAGCUGCUGAGUCCACGCGUGAAGGAAAAAGAUGAAGCAGAACUCUUAACUUUGGAUGUGAUAGUAAAGAAGGAAGACAUGAAGGUUUUAUAUGUUGAAUGCUGUGAAGACUUUGUUGAUCUUCUUUUCACUUUCCUUGCUGUUCCGCUGGAAUCUAUAUGGGACUUCACUGGAAACAAUAUCACUUUAGGGUGCAUUGGAAACUUGCACAGAAGCUUAAGUGACUUGAGUGUUAUUAAAAAGACAAGAGUGUCUUCUUUCAGUUGCACGUUGCCUUGUUAUUAUAGAUGCCGAAAGCAGUUUCCCAUGAUCACCACUCAAGAACCACGGGUUUACUAUCGCUUUAGCAAUUCCAAUGUUAGGCAACAAGAGUUCAGUUUGACUACAAACAAUGAAAAGGAUAAUUACUUUCUUAGUCGUGUGACUUUGAUAGAUCCAAAAUCUCCUUGCAGUGGCGGGUUUGUGAAGAGAGAAACAAGGUUUACAGUUUCUGAUGAUCUGGUCAUAACACCUAAGAAUUCCUCUAGGACUUCUUUUUGCUUACUAAAGAAGUUGCAGAUUGGAGCCAACGAUCUUGAGGUGAAAGUAAUUACCAUUGGCAAAGCAGAGAGUUCUACGGAACCAAAGGUUAGAUUAAGACUCAUCAUUGACGAAAAGAAAAACAAGGUCGUUUUAGCUGAGGCUGGUAAGGAUUUUGUUCAAGUACUCUUCAGUUUUUUGACAUUGCCAAUGGGAACAAUCGUUAGAUUGCUUGCGAAGCAUCGAAAGUCUGAUCCAGUUACUAUUGGAUGUCUUAGCAACCUUUAUACAAGUGUUGUGGACAUGGAACUUGAUGAUUAUGAGACCGAAGCUUGUAAGCAGAUGUUGCUUUAUCCCAAGAACAUUAGGGAAGCUCGAUACAGAAACUUUAAGCUCAACAUAGACCCUAAUGAAAGCUUCAAGUGUUUUGGGUGCCGAAAUUUCUUAAUCUGCAGAAUGUGUAGUAAUUUUAAUUCGUCCAUAUGUAAGUGUGGAAAGAUGAUGAAUGAGGAGAUAAGUUUUUUAGAAUAUGAGGAAAAUGAUGUCGAAGGAAUGUUUAUGAGAGACAAGUCGUCGUUUAUCAUAACCGAUGACUUGAGAGUCACGGAUGACUCUACUAGUUCUCUCUUGCAAACACUCAAAGAUCUUGGUUGUGCUGAUGUUAGUAAGCUGAGAGAGCAGGUUCUUGAUAUCGGUUUCAAAGAGGUUAUGACUUUGCUGCAAUGUGUAUUCACCUCAAAUACACCUUUAACGGAUACUUUCUUGAAGAAUCAAAGUUCACACACGGUGAGGAAGAUUUAUAGAAAGCUGGAGGAAGAAGCAGAACAAGACAAAGUUAUAACUUUUGAUGCAAUCGUAAAGAAACAAGACAUGAAGAUUUUGUACGUUGAGUGCGGUGAAGACUUUGUUGAUCUUCUUUUCACUUUUCUCGCCAUUCCGUUGGAGUCUACAUGGGAAAUCUCUGGCAACAAUAUCACAUUAGGACGUAUUGGGAACUUGUGCAGAAGCUUCAAAGACUUGAGUGGUAAUGAAGUGUUGUCAACAUCUAAAUGUAUGCUUCCGUAUUAUUAUAGGUGCAAGAAAAAGUUGCUCAAUAUCAGAAAUCCUACACCACGGCUUUACUUAAGCCGCGGUUAUUGUUUGACUACAAAACGUACUACAAGGCGCAUGACUUUUGUGGAUCCAAAAUCUGAUUGUUGUGGUCGGUCAAAAGAUGGUAAGGGGUUUGUGAAGAGAGGGACAAAGUUUGUUGUGUCAGAUGAUCUUAUUGUAACACCUAAGAUUUCUAGCUCAACAUUUUCUAUGUUGAAGAAGUUUCAGAUUCUCACUGAUGAUUUGGAGGUGCAAGCAAUUACCAUCAGCAAUGCAGAGGCUUUGAAUCUGUUGAGUGCUUCAUUGGUGACAUCCUCUGCUUUGAGCUCUGCUUUUGGGAAUUUGAUUGUAAAGAAACCGAAGGAAGAGACUGUUUCGUGGAACCCUGUUUCAAAGAAACCAAAGGAGCCUAAGUUUACUUUGAGACUUAUUGUUGAUGAAGAGAAAAACAAGGUUGUUUUGGCUGAAGCUUGUAGGGAUUUUGUUGAUGUACUCUUCAGCCUUCUGACACUUCCAAUGGGAACCAUUGUCAGAUUGCUUGAGAAUCAUCGAAAAUCUGAGCCAGUUACUGUGGGCUGUUUCAACAAUCUCUUUAGAAGCGUUGUGGAGAUGGGCAGAGAUAUUUUUGAGACUGAAGCUUGUAAGCAGAUGCUCAUGUAUCCAAGGAGUGUGAGGGACUUCCAGUGCAAAAGGCUUAAGCUCAACAUAAACCCUACUGAGGACAUCAAGUGCUUUAAGUGCCCAAGUUACUGCAGCUUAUACAGUAAUUUUAACACCUCUAGAUGUCGUUGCGGAAAAUUUAUGAACGAAGAGAUUAAAUUAGAUAACGAAGAAAAAGUUGCAGGCCAGAAUCAAAGUGAUGCUAAUGGAGUAUUUGUCAGCGGUAGGUGUUCAUUCAUCUUAACCGAUGACAUGGAAGUGUCCGUCAAGUCCACUGAACUUGUCUUGAAUAAGCUCAAAUCUCUAGGCUGUGCUGAUAUUAGUAAGCUCGGUGAAAGGCUUCUUGAUAUUGGUUUAGAAGAGGUAUUCACUCUGCUGGAAUGUAUAUUCUCCUCAAAAGCUCCCUUGACGGACGCAUUCUUGAACAAGAAAAGUUCACAAGGUGUGAUGAAGUUUUACAAAUCGCUAAGUCCAUGUUUGGAGAAAAAAGAAGAUGAAGCAGAACCGGAAAAGGUAGUAACUUUGAAAGCAUUUGUGAGGAAGCAGGACAUGAAGAUUUUAUUUGUUGAAUGCGGAGAGGAAUUUGUUGAGCUUCUUUUAUCUUUUCUUGCCAUCCCGCUAGAAUCUGUAUGGGAAAUCUCUGGCAGCAGUAUCUCCUUAGGUUGCAUUGGAAACUUGUGUAGAAGCUUCAGUGACUUAAAGGCUAAUGAGGGGACUGAAGUGUCAACUUCCACAUGCGUGCUUCCCUCUUUUUAUAAUUUCCAGAUGCAGUUGCCUGGUAUCAUCACUCAACAACCUCCACUAUACUACCGCUACAGGCUCUACGAUUCCAGGCAAGUGAGCUAUGGUUUGACUACAAACGGUAAUCGAAUUACUUAUUUCCGCAAGGACAGAAUCGUUCGGGUGGAUUUGAUGGAUCCCAAAUCCCGUGGCAGUGAUAAGUCUACUCAUGGGUUCUUGAAGAAAGAGACAAAGUUUACUGUGUUAGAUGAUCUGAACAUUACAUCUAUGAACUCCUGCUCCACAGUUUGCUUACUAAAGAACUUGCAGAGUCAUGCAGACGAUUUAGAGGUGCAAGUAGUUAGCAUCAGCAAUGCAGAGGCUGUGAAUUUGUUGAGAGCUUCAUUGGUGACAUCCUCUGCUUUGAGCACGGCAUUAUGGAAUUUGAUUGCUAAGAAACUGAAGGAGGAGACUGAUUUAUUGAGCCCGGUUUCAAAGAAGGUGAAGGAAGAGACUUGAAGAAAAAUACAGAGCUAGUGAGAAUGAACUCUUAAGUAGCUACUAAUCGAUUGUUGAUUAUGUUUUUAGAAUCUACCUCAUAUUCCUCAUGUGUUCUUUCUUAUUAGUGGAUUUCCAAGCUUUUUCUUUCUUUGUAUGACUAAUCAAAUUAUUGAGUUUUA